AUGAAGUUCUUGACACUCAGCAGCACUCUCAUCGCCCUUGUUGCGGCAGCUCCAACAAGCGUCGUUCUUCAAGAAGACAGUCCACUUCUCAAGACGCGACAGAGUAGCACCACCAGGAAUGAGCUUGAGAGCGGUAGCAGCUCAAGCUGCCCAGACGGAAUCCUUAUUUUUGCACGGGGAUCAACAGAGCCCGGCAACAUGGGAGAUGGAGUUGGCCCGUUACUUGCCACCAACGUUGCUAAACAGGUCCCCAGUCUGUGGGUUCAGGGUGUUGGAGGAGCUUAUACCGCCGGCCUAAUUGAAAAUCUGUUGCCGAGGGGCACAAGUGCGGCUGCCAUUGCUGAAGGAGUUCGACUCUUUAACUUGGCAAACAGCAAGUGUCCCAACUCUGCCAUCGUAACUGGUGGCUAUAGCCAAGGCGCCGCUCUUAUUGCUGCGGCCGUGAGCGAUCUGAGCGCCACGGUGCGAGAACAAGUAAAAGGCGCCGUUCUGUUUGGUUACACCAAGAACAAGCAGAAUAAUGGCCAGAUCCCGAACUAUCCUGCAGAUAGAACUGCGAUCUACUGCGCUGAGGGAGACCUUGUGUGCGAAGGCACUCUAACAAUUGCCCCUCCUCACUUUUCAUAUGAUGAUGAGGCGGAGGGGGUUGCCGCCGAUUUCUUGGCUAGUAAAAUCUAG